AUCUAGUAAAGGAAUGAGGAUCAUUGAAGAUAAUUUAGGCUUAGACAAUGUUCCCUUUGGCUACACUGAAGAGGAUGAUAACCCUACAAUUGCAGAAGUGACAUAUGAAGAUGAUAAGAUAAAGCACAUGGAGGAAUUUGAGAAAAAUAAAAAGUGGAAGAAGUUAGUUACAGACCAAGAGAGAGAAAACCAGGAACGCAAGAGAGAAGGGGAUGACAUCUCCCCUGCACGAAGGCUGAGGCAUGAUUCACAGUCACCUUCACCUGAGAGGUUUAAUCCAGAUAUUGGAAGGAAGCAUGAUUCUCAUGAAUCACCACUGAGAAGAAGACAUGAUUCAGGUGACUCACCACCAAGAAGAAGACAUGAUUCAGGUGAGUCUCCCCCAAGGAGAAAGAGACAUGAUUCAGAUGCCUCCCCCCCAAGAAAAGUUGGAGAUCCAGAUGCUUCACCUCCAAGGAGAACAAGACAUGAUUCAGAUACAUCCCCUCCUAGGAGAACGAGGCAUGAUUCAGAUGAAUCCCCACUUAGGAGAACGAGGCAUGAUUCAGACGCAUCCCCACCUAGGAGAAUGAGGCAUGAUUCAGACGCAUCCCCACCUAGGAGAACGAGGCAUGAUUCGGAUGCAUCUCCUCCUAGGAGAAAGAAGCAAGAUUCAGAUGCCACUCCCCCUAGAAAAAAAAAUAUUGAUGCCUUGCCUUCACAUAGAAAAAGGCAUGACUCAGAUGCAUCUCCUCAGGGAGCUGAUUCUGACACAUCACCUCCUAGGAAAAGACCAAAUGUUCCUGUUUCAACAUCACCACUAAGAAGAAAGAGGAAUGAAUUUGACUCAUCACCAGUCAGUAGAAAGAGAAAUGAUUCAGAUGCUUCACCACCAAGGAGAAAGAGAAAUGAUUCUGAUUCAUCGCCUCCUCGACGAAGGGGGAAUGACUCUGACUCUUCCCCACCAAGAAAGAGAGGGGCACCUCAAAACAGCUUCCCACCUCCGGGUGCUUCCAAGGAGGAGCGCCUUGAGCGCAAGAUGACCACCCAGGAAUACCUGCGGGCCAGGAAAUUUGGGAAGCUGAAAAAGGAUACCCCAGAGGACCUGGCCCGGAAAGAGCGUGAGGCAGUUCUUCAGAAGAAGGCUGAGGCACAGCACCAGCAGUGGAAACAUGGUGUCAAGCAGGUGGAGGCCUACCAACAGAAGUUGGAAGAUGACCAGCAUGAGAUGGGUAAGGCCUUUGCGCGAAUGGCUGAUGAUGUGGACAUGAACACAAAGCUCAAGCAGGUCACACGCGAGGAGGACCCUAUGCUGGAAUACAUGAUGAAGAAGCAGAUGAAAGAGACCAAACAGCCCCUGAAGCCUUUGUAUAAAGGUCCCUUCCCUCCAAAUAUUAACAUCAGACCGGGAUACAGAUGGGAUGGUGACCGUCCAGUGGGCUUCGAAAAUCAGUGGUUUAGAGGCAAACAACAGGAGAGCAGUGGGAAGAGGGGUGCCUAUAAAUGGAGUGGGUCCUGA